AUGGGAUGUUCUAUAUAAAAACCAAAAUAAAAUCAAAGAAAUCAUUUAGAUUAGAUAGAAAGAUUAAUACAAUCAGACUGUUUGAGUAAUGAAUCAAAAUUUAUGAUUAAUAAUAAUCCAAUAAUAAAAAGAAGAAAUUGUAGUAAGGAAAAGAAAAAUCUUCAAGGAUCAUUGUAAAUUUGA